CGCCCGAGCCUCUUUCCCACUGGUCGCCAGCUCUGCUUCGUUAUGGCUGUCCGCCUCUAGAGGCUGUCGGAUCUUCUUCCACCUCUAUUGGCCACCUAGCACUGCUAGCAUCACGAAGCGGUAUUUCCACCAGGAGUUCUUUUGAACCGAGUUGGGUGGACCAGAUUCCGAAAGAAUGCCUCUAGAUGACACGAGAGUAGGGAACGAAAGAAAGCAAUUAGUCCCGUUCGAAUUUGCAGUUUCGGGGACCUACGACGUCUAAGAUUAAGUACGUCGCGCGCGGGCGAGAUGGCGGGCUCUUUAGGAGAGGAUUCCCGCAGCGAGUGUGUUUCGUCAUGGUCGAACGAGGACCGAACGCAAGAACCACGCGAUGGUAUAGCCCUUUCGAGCUGUCUUGCCGGUGUAGAGGAUUCCCGCAGCGAGUGUGUUUCGUCACGGUCGAACGAGUCACGGCCGAACGAAGAAAAAAAACUAGAGCUUGGCGAUGGACUAGCGCUUUCGGCUUGUCUCUCCGCUUUCCCCUCCGCCUCCGCCUCUGACCCCUCGCAUCCACGUGAUUGUUCCGCCUGCUCUUCCGCCUGCCCUUCCGCCAGCUCCUGCUCUUCCCUCUUCCCCUCCGCCAGCCCUUCCCCUUCCGCCCUCCCUUCCGCCUUCCCCCUGGAUGAUAGCGUCUUAUACCGCGUCCUCUGCUGCCUUUCCGCGCGCGAAAUCGCGCGGGCGGCGUGCGUCAGCGCGCAGUGGCGGGCCGUGGCGCGGGACGAGAGUCUGUGGGCGACGCUCGCCCGGGACAUGUGGCCCUCGUUACAGUCACGCCGCGGACAGUCGCUGGCGCUGAUUGAACCGCCGAGUAAGCCGCAAACGAAGCCGCAUCAACGGCACCGGCAGCAGCAACCGCAGCAACAUCAGCAGCAGCAGCAGCAGCAGCAGCUAAGGAUGAUUCCUUGCAGCAGUGGCACCAACUCUUCCCACACCUCUGCCUCUCCCCCCAACCCCCCAACCCUAAGCGGGGGAGAAACUUACCCUGCCGAACCUUCACCAGUCUCCACCUCCACUGGACACCAUACUCAGGAGCAUCGUCACCACUCUAUCAGAAACCAUUCCUGUCCCUUGUCUCAAGAGCCUUCACUAAAGAACCAUUCGUUGGAAGAACAUUCGUUGGAAGAGCGCUCGUUCCGCGCCUUCGCAUAUCGCCGGCUCAGCUGUGGGCCUCCUCGCCCCUCAGUCACUCCCCUCUCCUUCCCCUCCCUCACCUUCUUCCUAGACCUUUCCCUCCACGGCAAAUCACGGCUCUCCAUGGCGCUCCAGCUGAAAGAUUUGAUCCUGUCCGAGACUGCUGAUCUGGGAGAUUUCGAUUUUAUUGUCAAGAAUCUGAACGCUGCUCGUGAGGAUAGCCCCUUGUGGCGGCCGCACCCUGAUUCUACUUCUUCCUCUUCGUACUCCUCUUCCUCCUCUCUCACCCCUCCGAAUUCCGCCGCCACUCCUUCCGUCUUCUCCUCCUCUUCCUCUUCCUCCUCGUCUUCCUCUUCCUCCACGCCCUCAACCACCACUACCACCAUCGCCCCUUCCUCCUCUGUUCCCUCUCCCUCCCCCUCCCCCUCCCCGACCUUUCUCUCUGACUACCACAAGUCUUCCCACAUGGCCAUGCAAGGCCCGGACCGGCCCUCUGCUUUUGCCCAGCAGCUGUCUGCUCAGCUGCACGUGCAGAGGCCUUCGGACGGGCGCAUGGUGCAGCUGCUCAGCUGCCACCCGCAGUACCAGGCGGAUGAUCUAGGCCUGCUGGUGUUUUGCUCCGUGUUGCCCGCUCUGGUGUUUGGAACGGGGCUUUUGGCAGAAGUAGAUUUGGAAUAUCGGGCGAUAAUUAGAGGAGGGGGGUCGGGGAGACGAGGGAGCAUGGGGGUGAGUGUGCAGGAGGUUAGUAGACACUCGAAUGGAGGUGGUGAAGAUGGUAGUGUGUGUAUGGAGGAAGAGGAGGAGGUGCGGUGGGAGCUGCGUGGUUGCCGGUUGUGUGUGAAGCGGAGCGAGUCGUUUUGUGUUGCUACGUGCAGCCAGUUUGCUGAAUACCUUGGUUACUUACAGUGGAUGUAAUCGAUUCAUGUUUUGAAUGAUAAUAGAGAGAGUGCUGGAUA